AUUACUUUAAUUGAUCUCUAUCUGUGGAGAUAAUCACAGGUGAAAUACCUCCAAUAGUAAUGGAGCAGAUUUUCCUGAAAGAUUAGAGGGUGCGUGCGUAUAAAAAGGUUUUCAGUCGAUUCUUUGGCACAGUCAACCAGACAAUCAACAUGAAGACCUUCAUUUCCAUCAUUGCGCUGCUGGUGGCGUCGGCGGCGGCCACUCAGUGCCCCACCGAGCAGAACGAGGACUGGAGCAUCGAGCUGCUGCUCCCUGCCCCCGACUGCUCCAAGUACUACCAGUGCGUGCACGGGAAACCAGUCCUGCGCGACUGCCCUGUCGCCCUGUUCUUCAACCCUGAUACCCUGCAAUGCGACUACCCUGAAAACGUCGAAUGCCAACCUAUCGUCGAGGAGGAAUCUGCCUCGUCUUCUUCCGAGAGCGUAGAAGCCGUGGAGGAGAUCCAGUUCCUGCCCAACGGAUGCCCCGAGAGCCCGUUUGUGCACUGGCUGCUGCCGCACAAGCUGUUCUGCCGUCUGUACUACGUGUGUGACCACGGCAGGAAGGCCCUGAGGAAGUGCCCCCGCGGACUGAAGUUCAACCGCAAGCUCCAGGUUUGUGACUACCCCAAGGACGCCCGCUGCUUCGGACUGUAAGACACCAAUCUAGUCUAUAUCUAC